CCACUGGCUCUCAUGUCUUUGCCAUAUAGACAAUACAGUGUGUUUUUAGUUUCCAGGCAAUGAAAUUAAAUACAGAAGCUGAGCGCUGGUACAGAGCAAACAUCAGCCACAGAACAUUUUAUCUGCUGAGGGAUUUCUCUGGCUGGAGGGUGGCGUGCCAAACAACAGGUAACACGGACAUGUACAUCAACAUCAUAAGAGGCAGCCACCUCUGGGGCAAAUAGGAGGGUCAACAAGUAGGCUUCCUUAAAGACAGAGAGAAGGUGUGUCCCAUUGGUUGUUUGCAUUCACAAUGGGCAGGUGGAGCCAUCAAGAGCUGCCUCAAAGCGAGCUGCUCCACCUGACAACAGUCCAUUGACAAGUCUUGAUGAAAGUGUGCAGGGCCUCUGACUGGAUCUCUACUGAAACUCGCUGGACUAGGACACCCUGAGUACAGAGCAUUUCCUGGAGCAUCUUGAACCGAGCGCUGUUGCAGUAUCGUAAAUGCUGCCUGAGUUGGCGGCAUCUCCAGAAAGUAGCCAUACCGUCAAAAUGCUGGGCAUCAUAGAGCAAUGGGAUGCAGCGUCUGUCAAUCAUACAGACAACACUGACAAGUACUUGUUACUCAUGCUUUUCAAGUUAGGACUGGAUGCAGUGGCCCUUCACUUGUGCUGCCGGAAGAGGUUUACCUCCUUUUUAAGCAUGUGCAGCCUGUCCAUCGUCUUGGCUGACUUGUUGAUGGUGUUAUUAUUGGCAGGUGUGUGGUUUCUUGGGCCUGAGAGGUAUCUUGUGUCACUGUGCUUCAUCUUGGCUAAGGCCUCGAAAACAUAUGAAGCACUGCCGCUGCCCAUGACAUGCCUGGGUUUUCUAGACUACUGCUUAGAAGACAGCAACCUCUGCAAACAGAGCAUGCCCUGUAAAUACAUAAGGAAUGCUGUCCUGACUUUGCUGGUGUGGAUGCUAGCUGUUUUUUACUCCUUUGUUUCUGCCACUUCCGAUCUGAUGGAGCUAGAUUAUGUGACAGGUGUAAGGGCCCUUGUGUGUGAUGUAGAGGAGUCUGCACUGAUUACCUACUUCAUUUUGGGGCUGUUCGCAGUAGUUAUUUGUACCAUGCUGCCCUAUUGGUCAAUGAUUCCCCAGUGGUUGAAAGAGGCUGACAGAUUAUCUGAAGCGAGGGAAGAACAAGAGAACCAGAGCAGCGAUUUGUUGUUCACUUCAACCAACUGCACUGAGACAAAAAGUGGCAUGGAGAACAAUCUGGAGGAGACAGUCCAGCCGUACCCGCCUCUGUGGUUCAGCCUAACACUGGGCUUCAGUAUAUUUUGGAUGCCUUAUCUCACCGUAUCUGUGGGCUGUUUGAUCUUAGGCUAUGGAGUACCUGCCUACAUCACUGUUAACCUUCUGUGGUUGGAGUGCGCCAACAGUUUCCUGAUGGGUGUGGUGUUUUGGGUAAAUAGCAAGUCGCAAGGACCAUACAGCCAGCUCCCAGAAAACGUGUGCUUGUGGCAUGUUUACUGGCAUUUGAGCAGAGGAACACGACAGCAGAAACUGCCUGUAGCUGUGUUUAACCCAUCAAAAGCAAAGAGAAACACUCUCCUCUAUGUGUGACAGAAGAAGAGGUCAACAAUAAACCUGUUACACCUAAGAGCCAACAGCCAAGAUCAACUGAAAAGCAUGAUAGGCGAAGGUAAAGAAAGACUUGACCUAGCAUCUGUAAGUGGUUCACCUGAGUGUUAGAUGCUUAAACUGAAGCCUGGACACAGACAUGAAUGUCCCAGCUCUUCAUCAACUCAAACAGAAAGGCUUUUGGGAAAUAAUUAAACUGUGCAUGCUGCAGCUAACCAGACACUGUGACUGGACUUCCAAAUGUACUUUGGAGUUUUUCUGAAAGCUAUGAUCAUUAUGCUAAACCUAUGUAAAUAUUUGCAGAAAUCACACCACAAAUAUUCUGUUUGUACAAUCAUUUGUAUAUUUGUUGUACAGGCUUUUCAAAGAUAAUUUUGGUCUUGAGAGAAAAACUAUAUUGACUUGAUGAUUAAUAGCUAUUCUUUUUGAAUUUUCUGUCCCAAACAGGUGUAAAUGCUUCUUAAUAAAUAUCUUUUUAAAAAGUCCUUAAUUUUUCUUGGACUGAACCAUGUAUUUUUCUACCUUUUGUUUGAAAACAUGAAUUACACAUACAUUAAAUGUGAAUAGAUUUAUUUGAAGAGGCUCAAAGUUUAUUCCUGACCUUGAUGAUCAUGUGAUAUGAUCGAAAGCUAAUGGACCUUCUAAUGAGAUAGUUUUCCCAAACAUUGUUUCCAAGGUCAAGAAGAAACUUUGAACCUCCACUUUUAGUCCAACGUGGAUGACUGAACCUUAAAGUGCUUAGGGUUUUGUGAUGUACACUUCCAUGACAACUGGGCAAACCCCUGCUAAUGAAGAAAUCAUCAAAUGUGCAAUAUGCAUACUAUCGUUUAAUAUACUUUCAUGUACAUAUACAGUUCUAUGCAUUAGUGUUGUCACUAGGGAUGAGCGAUAAUAUCAGCAAGUCAUCGGUAUCUUUAAAAUAAACUAUCAGAAUCAGCCAACAUGCUUUUUCUUA